AUGACAAGCCAUCCAGAUUUACAGGACACAGAGGCUGCGGGCCUGCUGAUGCUGUUUUCGCACCAGUCACAGCGUCUCAGUGCCGGCGCGUUUGAGGAGACGCAGCCUUCGUCGUCGCCUGCGUCGGAAGCGACCACACAGGGCAAACAGAGCCCCUCGGUGCGGCAGAUUGAUCAGGGCGUCGUGACGUCUCCUGGCCCCGCUGCCGCCGCUCUUGCGAGCGGAUCGUCCAACAACAAGGCAAUGGUGGCUGCUGCUGCGCUUGCGGCCGCGGCCGCGACGCCGUUGCCCCUGCUAACAAGAGAAAAGGAGGAAGACAAGCCAGACAAAGAGCCCAAGGAGGAGGAGAAACGGUCCGACUCUGUUGUUUCGUACGCCGUCGACCCGGACAGCGGCGUGAUUGGCUGUGUGUGUGGGUACGAGCACGACGACGGGUUCACGAUCCAGUGCGACCGCUGUUUCCGCUGGCAGCACGCCGUCUGUAUGGGCAUCGACGACAUCGACGACGUGCCGGAGACGUAUUUGUGCUACCUGUGCGAUCCAAGUCUUGUGGUGAACGCAGAGAGGGCGCGCCAGCUGCAGGCGGUGCGGGUGCAGCCGAAACGGCGUCGUUCGGGCAACGGCGCGCAAGCCGAGGCCGGCCACGGACGCAAGGAGCUGGUGGACUCGAAACCGCCAAGUUCGCGGGCCAAGAAGCAAAAGACGGGCUCCGUGGAGGCCGGCGACGAGGACGAGGCCGGCGGGGAGAUUGUGGAGCGGUACCAGACGCUGUACGUGGAGAUCAGCGGGUUUGAGUACAAAUCGGCGGCGGCCAAGUCGUUGGUGAGGAAACUGCCAAGUCUGCUGCUACAGAAGGAUAGCCAGGUGCUUGAGUUCAAGGACGAGCGGGAGUUUGCGGGCAAGCUGCUGGACAAGUCGAAGCUGGAGGUGAAGUCGGUCACAGAGUCGGCGAAGGCGCGAUUCAACGGGUUAUCGAAACUGUACCUGAGCACAGCCGUGGAAGUGCGCCCGAACCAGCUGCUGAGCGAGAUUGUGGGCGAGGUCGACCUAAAGGACAACUACAUCAACGAGAGAUGGAACCAGUACUGGCUGCUGGGCUGUGCGAAACCAAAGACGUUUUUCCACCCGCAGCUUCCUCUGGUGGUCGACCAGAGAGGACUGGGCAACGUGACGAGGUUUGUGCGCAAGUCGUGCUUUCCGAACUGCGAGGUGCGGUCGGUGGUGGUUGCGGACAAGCUGCGGUUUGUGCUUGCGACCACGAGAAAGAUCGAGAGCGGGUCUGAGCUGACUGUGCCGUGGGAAUGGGACGACGCGCACCCGAUCCGCAGACUCAGCGACGCGUCGUUCGACGGUCUUUCGCACGAGGAGCAGGCCAAGCUCGUGGCGUCUGUGCAGGCCGUGCUGGACCUCACGGAGUGCGGGUGUGCGUCUGGAGACUGUUUGCUGGCGAAAGUCAAGAAGAUCAGCACGAGUUUGCAGCGGCAGAGCAGGAAACACGUGCCGGAGCUGGAACAGACGUACGAGCCGUUCGACUCGCGUGCGCUGCAGAGAGACAGGGUGAUCCUGGAGUCGCUGGGCAGGCCGUUGGAGGACGCGACGCAGGACAAGUUCGAGUCGGCCAGUCCUGCGCCGCUGGACCCGCUGGUGCUGCCGCCAAAAUACCAAAUCAUCAGAAAAUACUGGCAGGAGCCAAAAGCCGUGCCGUUGGAAACGUCCGACAAGCUGUAUGUUCCGGUGCCCGUGGCUAUCAAGGAGCCAACCAAGGUGGAGGCGGUGGAAGCCAGAGAGGAGGAGAAACCCAAGGUGGUGAAGAAGUUCAGCCUGGCGGACUACAAGAAAAAGUCGAAGGGCGAGAAGCUUGUCAAGUAA